UCAUCGUAUAAAAGCAACCUGAUGCGUUCAAUCAGACAUCAGUCGUCUCUGAAGAGCAUAACCCACUCAAGGCGUUUAGGAACCCAUUCGAUAUUGGUAACGUUGUCAUCGCAUCAAGUGGAAUAGUAGUCAACAUGAAGGUCUUCGUUUGUAUGUGUGCUCUGUUUGCUGUGGCCAAUGCUGGCUUCCUCGGUCUGCUCGGUGGUGGCGGCGGUGGCAGCGGAGGAGGCGGCGGUCUCAAGUCCGGCCUUAGCUUGGGCGGCGGCAGCGGCGGUGGCUACUCUGGCGGCGGUGGCGGCUACGGCGGUGGCUACGGCGGUGGCUCACAUGGCGGACACGGCGGACAUGGCGGUCAUGGUCCAGUUCAGGUGGUCAAGGUCAUCCAUCAGCAGGGCGGCUACUCUGGCGGUGGCUACUCCGGAGGCGGCGGCGGCGGCUAUGCCGGCGGCUAUGGCUACGAGCCCACCCCACAGGUCUACAAAGUGAAGGUCAUCUCCGAGGGCGGCAGCCAUGGCGGUCAUGGCGGCCAUGGUCCAGCUCCCGUCUAUGGUGUCCCAGCUGGCCCCGCCUCCGUCAAGGUGAUCAAGGUACUGUCGGAGUCCGCUCCUCUGGUCAGCGGUCCCGCAUUCAUUGGCGGCGGCAUCAGCGGCGGCUCAUCGGGUGUCUCCCAGGUCAUCAAGGUGGUGCACGAGAGCCACGAUGCUGGUGUCUCCUACGGCGGACAUUCCGGCUCCCAUUCGGGCGGACAAGCCAAGGUGGUGCGCGUCAUCCAUGAGCAUUCGGGCGGCUAUGGCGGCGGUAACUCAGCUUACGCUCCCAUCGAUGUUCCAGCUCCAGUGAACUCCUAUCUGGCCCCUGUCCAGGAGGCUCCAGUUUAUGCUGCUCCCGCUCCAGUUUACGCUGCUCCCGCACCAGCUCCAGUCUACGCUGCUCCUGCUCCAGCUCCAGUUUACGCUGCCCCAGCUCCAGUCUAUGCUGCUCCCGCUCCAGCUCCAGUCUACGCUGCUCCCGCACCGCAGGUGAACUAUGCGCCCGCUCCUCAAGUGAACUACGCCCCCGCCCCGCAGGUGAACUAUGCUUCUGCCCAGGCCCACGCUCAGGCUCAGGCUCAAGUGAACUAUGCCCCCGCACCGCAAGUCAACUAUGCCCCCGCGCCAGCUCCAGUUUACUCUGCUCCCCUGCAGGCACCAGCGCCGCUUCUGAGCGUGCCCCAGCAAGCACCCGCCCAGGUCUUUGCGCCCGAGGAGCAACUGCUGCCAGUGGGACAUGCGCCCGCCCAGACCUACGGCCCACCAGCCUACUAAGCGACGCUUUCCCAGCAGCAUCCCACACACACGCACACACAUACGAAACACGGGAAAACCUUCGAACUUCGACAUACUACUACUACCUCUAUCGACACACUUCCUACACAACGCCAUGAGUUAAUUUAAGUCCAUUUUUUUUACACACAUUUUUUUUGCUAGAAAAUAUAAACAAAUUGAAACCGAAAAAAAAAGAGAAAAGAUC